CGCUCUCCUCUUCCUCCCUCCUCGCACCACCAAGCUCAGCUCUGCUUUGCUCCGCAUUUUGCUCGAAAGUCACCUACUCACACAUACCAUGGCGGCAUCAGUGGCCUUCUCCUUCUUCUUCGACGCCGAGCUGCUCGGCGAGGCCGGCAUGCCGGCGAUGGACGCGUGCGCGCUCUGCGCCAAGCAGCUGGCGCGCGACCGCGACGUCUUCAUGUACAGAGGGGACACGCCCUACUGCAGCGAGGAGUGCCGCCACGAGCAGAUGCACCUCGACGCCGUCUGCGCCAAGCAGGCCGCGCGGAGGCAGCAGCGGUUCUCGGCGGAGACGGAGUCCCACCGUGUGCAGCGGCAGUCCAGGAAGGUGUCGGUCGCAAGCUAACCGGCUGGCCGCUGAAUGUUUUGUUUGGAUCGACAAGAUCUGUAUUCUAAAGAAUCAUCGUCGUCUCCGUCUCUCCGGCCGGUGCUCUAGCCUCGUCCGGUGGAGGCAGCUUGGCGCGGCCUACAGGAGGCAAGGCAGGGCAGCAGCAUCAGGCGGCACGAAGCAUGUGUCCAUGGCAAGCUAAUUAGGCUGCCCAAAUGGGAUGAAAGUGUAAUUGUUCUCGGUCCAAAACAGAAAUCUAAUCGCAAUGGAUGUGAUGAGAGCCAUCAAACAUGAUUAACAUUUUGUUUUAACUUCUACUAUUUGGGUCGCCCUUCUGCGCCCUCUCUUGUUCAGUUUCC